AUGCUCAAGUUUGUCGAGGACAAUGUCGGCGGCGUAGGGACGAAGCGCGCGUCAGGUCACAAAGCCUGCUCAACCUGCAAGAAACGCCACAAACGGUGCCACCACAAUGACUCCGUCUCCAAAGUACCAGCUGUCUCAACACGCUCUCAAGGGGCAAAUGUUUCUCGGGGAGAUUCCCCUCAAGAGGAACGGGCAAGCCAUGCUCUGUCGUCGCCGCAAAUAGAUCUAGGACAGCACGACGAAGCCACACAACCACAAGAUACCACUGAAGACACAAGACGUGGGCAAGAUCCAGAUGAACUAGCUGAAGGCGCUUAUCUACGCUUCAUUGGAGAUCUCAACCCCGAAGCAUCCUUUCUCAGACGGUAUCCUCAGGAUUCUACCGCCGCGUCUCCAACCAUUCAUGAAAUUGGUGUUUGGCAAGACAGAAAGUCACAAGAGCGGAGCCGCCCAGAACACACUAUCAGUGCCUCUGAUAUCGACGUUGAAGCCCCGGAAGGAUGCAGCAUUCGACGAUCAGGCCUGGUCAGUCUACAGGCAUUGUCACCAUAUCUACGCAAGGAGUGUAUUUCCGUCAUGCCACCCGAGUACGAGUACGAAACCAUAUCCAAGGUCUUUUAUUCAAAGUUCGACACACUAUUUCCAAUCUUGCACGGUCAAAAUAUCUCGGAACUUGAUGUUAUGGAUAGCACCGCAAUUAAACAGUGCAUCUGUCUGACCGCAGCACCAGACCCUUCAUUGAGGCCUCACCUUCGACUGCCACACACGGAGGCUAUCUUGUCGCCGUUGGAAUUUCGAAGCUACCUCGCUGCGGCAGUCAAGCAAUCGCUAGACAUGGGAUUCAUCCGCGACAAGAUAGUUUUACUACAAGUCCACGCGUUGAUGGCAUUCUCCUCGAGCGAAGCCAAUGGUAGCGAGAUAUCCUCAAUUUAUUGCGCCCAGGCCGUGCUUUUCUCGCAGACACUGGGGCUUCAUCUGAGCUGGCCUGAAGCGGCCAAGGCAAAACGAUCGCGAUGCCUUUACUGGUGUGUCAGGGUUCUUGAUCGCUUGAAUGCGGCUACCAAUGGUCGACCCAUACUCAUGCAUGAUAGAGACGUGGAUAAGUAUGUAAACGAGUCCAUCGAGGAGCAGGUUUUGCCUUUUAGGCUUCUCAUACGCAUUUCCGGCAUCUUGGAUGCUGUCAUUGCCCAGUAUCGUCCUCACCCAUCUGGAGAGACACAAGUGCCUCCUGAAGUCUCGUUUGAGGAGCUGGUUCGUGACACGCAAGCGUCGGGCAUAGGGGAUGGAUUGCUUGCCUCCUUGGAGGUGUUUUUCUCGGCUGUCAUGAUUUUACGCGAUCGACCCAACAGACAGGGCAACGCCCAGGAACAAAUAUCUCAGUCUCCAACUCAAGUCUUCCAUGCCAUGAACAUCGUUUCAUUGCUGACAGAGGAUCUCCAAAGCACCAUAACCUAUUGGGCGAUUGUUCCUUACGGCAUAGCGCUAGCUACCUCUGUGGCCUAUCGUCUGAUGCGAAACAGCAGUAUCCUAUACAAGCGAAAGCGGGCACGUCUCCUGCUUUGCUCGGGAUGUGAUGCCCUAGACGAGCUUACCGCAUCGUUCCCUUCAGCGCUCAAAAUGGCAAAACUUGCAAAGAGCGCGCUUCGAGAAUUUGAUCGUGCUGGAACCAGCACAACGUCAACAACGAUACGUGGCCAGCGACUCCGAGAAGGAAAUCCUCCAGUCAAUCUGGAAAACAGGACACCGGGUGGAGAAACCCCUCUAAUCGGAUCAGCAGUCUCACAGGGUCCGAACAAUGGCUUAAACCUUGAUUCAGGGUUGUUCUGCGAGAGCGGCUGCGAUUUUGCAAUGCCUACUCUCGACACCAUCUGGAGCAAUGCUCUCGAUAUUCCCGUCACGUCGGAUAUAUUUGAUAAUUUUAGUCUUGGCAACAUGGAUUCGGCAGAAUGGCUACAGCCGAUUUAG